AUAUUAUUUAAUUCAGUUACGGUCACACUGCACCGCAAACACAAGUCGCACCAAACAUUACUAUUUUUAUUGAAAAUCUUAAGAUUUGUUAAGUAAAGAUGUCGGAAACAAGCUCCAAGGAGAAUGUCAAGACCGCUAUGACUUAUAUUUGCGGCGAAUGCCACCAUGAGAAUGAGAUGCGUCCUCGUGAUCCUAUACGUUGCCGUGAGUGCGGCUACCGCAUCAUGUACAAGAAGCGCACCAAGCGUCUUGUUGUGUUCGAUGCUCGUUAAACCGUUUGACUAUGGAAUGGAAAACUAAUUUAGAGUUUUAGCUUGUAAUUGAAAAAUAUAUUCUUAAAUAUAAGAGACGUGUAAUCAAUACAAUUUUGUUUUAUUCCUGUAGAA